GGCGCGGCCCCGGACUUUUACCAGCCGGCCGGGGGGAGCCCCACGGCCGCCUACCAGCCGCCUCCGCCUCCCCCCGCCGCGCCUCCGCCUCCUGCCCCCUGCAGCGGGGUUACCUGUCACGGGGAGCCCGCUAAAUUUUACGGAUACGAUAACUUACAGAGACAGCAGAUUUUUACGACACAGCAAGAGGCCGAGCUGGUACAAUAUCCUGACUGUAAAUCGUCCAGUGCUAAUAUUGGCGAGGAACCAGACCACUUAAAUCAGAGCUCGUCUCCUGCUCAAAUGUAUCCCUGGAUGAGACCACAAGCGGCGCCGGGUAGGAGGAGAGGAAGACAAACAUACAGUCGAUUCCAGACUCUAGAGCUGGAAAAGGAGUUCCUCUUUAACCCCUAUCUGACCAGGAAGAGGAGGAUCGAGGUGUCCCACUCGCUAGGACUCACCGAGAGGCAGGUAAAGAUCUGGUUUCAGAACAGGAGGAUGAAAUGGAAAAAAGAGAACAACAAGGACAAAUUCCCCGCUUCCAGACAGGAGGGAAAGGAAGGGGAGGCCAAAAAGGAAGCACAUGAUCUGGAAGAAGACAGAGCUGAAGGCCAGACGAAUUAAAUUUUGCCCUAAAAGCCUUUGUGAAAGGCUAUCAAAAAUACCCAGCGCCAUCGCCCGACAUUUCGGUCCGUCUCCCCCUGUACGUGGUCCUGCCGUGGGACGAGUGACCCCGUGUCCCUCCGCUUGACAUUUCUUUGCUCGGGUGCUUCGGUCGUUUGUGGUUUUGUUUUGUUUUGUUGUGUUUUGUUUUGUUUUGUUUUUAACUGUAUCCGGCACAAUCUCUAGAUUUAAAAGUACUUCUACUUCUUUUGGAAAUUUGAUACAGAGUUUGUAGCAAUACAUUUCUAAUGAGAUAUAUAUAUAUAUAAAAUAUAUAUUUUUUUGCAAUCUUAAAAGACGGUGAUUGCGGGGAACGACAUAAACUUCCUAAUAAUAAAUACCAAUAAGCAAGACAUUUAUCAACGCUUUAUUAAUCAAGACAAGUGCACUUGUACUAUUUUAAUUCUUGUUCUUAUGUUGAGUAAAUUAAAUAAAUCUAAUAAAUUUGAAGAAAAUAUCUUAGAAAUA